AUGAGUUUUGAUAUCGAGCUAAAUGACAAUGAACUAUAUCACCCGUCAUCGCCGUUAGGAAAUGAUGGAAGCUCCAUGAGCGAACGAAAAACAUUUUCGUACAACCCAUCGACUAAAGUUUUCAGUCCAAAGGGAUCUAGACCGUCAAGACCUUCCGUAUUUUCGAUUUUCCGUGGCUCCUUAGGAGAAGUUUAUGCGCUAGAUCGGAUCGCUGAUUAUGUUCAGCAAGAGAAUGACCUGUGUAUUAAUGGGAAGAACAUUGCCACUCUCACACCCGAGACAAUAUCCAAGAUGGACUUUGACACUGCAUCCGACUACUUGCAACAAAUACAUCUCGAGGGCAAUUUAAUGAAGAAGGGAUUUCGUGGAUUAAAGCUGUGGAAGUGCCGUUUUUUCGUUCUUGACAGGAACGUGUUAGUGUACUAUAAUAAAAAUGAUAAGAACACCCCCCGUCGUCGUUGCGAAAUUACCCUAGAUUGUAAAGUAAUGGUUGAAAACAUCACGGGACGGCCAUUUGCCUUUUCCAUGAUCCCCUGCAGGGGCCAGCUACCCUAUUUUCUCGAAGCCUUUUCCCAACAGCAGCGUGAUUUGUGGGUACGCGUCCUCACCGUCGUCCAGCUUCUAAUGCAGCGUCUCUGCACCAAGCGGCACAGCAAGACCAUGACCUCCAUCCACAAUGAUGUCUGGCUGCAAGACACACUGGGUCGCGGUCGCUACGGCGUGGUUCGCCUCGGCCAGAUCAUCAAAACGGGCGAAAUGUGCGCAGUGAAACUCAUCAAUAAGAAAAAAGUGGAUCCAGAGGUUCUCCAGCACGAGCUCACCGUUCUGCGAAGCCUAAUCGUAUUGCUUCUUUCUCUCGUUCUCGCUCUAAACCACAGGAUCGCGUUCGCUCGCCCUACGUCGUGCGGUUCUUGGACGUCUACGAAGAUUCCUAUCUGGUGUAUGUCGUGA